AUGAGUAAUUCUACUCCAUUAAUGACCAUUCCAAAGGUGGCAAAUUAUAGCGCAUUAAUAAAAAUCAACGCGAGUCCAGUACGGCUUUUCAUUCUGAGGAGACGGUUCGCUACACAUCCGGCUAUAUUGUUUGGCCCUCCUUAUAUCAAAAGUCCCUUGGUUCACUUACACAGCCGCAUAAGCACUGUUCACGGAACAACAAAUGCGAAUACUCUGCAUUUUGUGAUUACUAGGAGAUCAAUAUCAAAUUUUCCCAGAAUCAUCUCUAAAAUUAUUCGGCUACCCAUAUAUGUAGGUGGCGGGAUGGCUGCUGCAGGAAGUUACAUAGCUUAUAAGAUGGAAGAAGCUAACUCUUUCACUAGGGACAAACUGGAUCGAAUCAAGGACUUUGGCGAAUCAAUGAAGGAAAAGUUUAAUAAAAUGUUUUCUGGCGAUGAAUCUCAAAAUGGUGGCAGUGGAAACGAUGGUACAGUGCCGACAGCCACAUUGAUAGCCGCUACAUCACUCGACGACGAUGAAAGCAAAAAGCAAGAAGACCCUAGUGAUGAUGAUGACGAAGAUGACGACGAAGAUGAAGAAAACGAUGCUGUGGAUACAACACAAGACGAAAUGUUAAACUUGACCAAACAAAUGAUUGAAAUUAGAACUAUUUUAAAUAAAGUGGACUCUUCUUCUGCACAUUUAACUUUACCGUCAAUUGUCGUGAUUGGCUCGCAAUCGUCUGGUAAGUCUUCCGUACUAGAAUCCAUUGUUGGAAAGGAAUUCUUACCAAAAGGUUCCAACAUGGUCACAAGAAGGCCCAUUGAGCUGACUUUGGUCAAUACCCCUAAUUCGAAUAAUGUAACAGCUGAUUUCCCAAGCAUGCGUUUAUACAACAUCAAAGACUUUAAGGAGGUGAAAAGAAUGCUAAUGGAACUGAAUAUGGCUGUUCCGACUUCGGAGGCUGUUUCUGAGGAACCUAUUCAAUUGACAAUCAAAUCAUCCCGUGUUCCAGAUUUGUCAUUGGUCGAUCUACCCGGUUAUAUACAAGUUGAAGCGGCAGACCAGCCAAUAGAACUGAAAACCAAAAUCCGAGACCUAUGUGAAAAAUAUUUGACUGCACCUAAUAUUAUUUUAGCAAUCUCUGCUGCGGAUGUUGACUUGGCUAAUAGCUCUGCUUUGAAAGCUUCUAAAGCAGCAGAUCCUAAAGGUCUAAGAACGAUAGGUGUCAUUACCAAACUGGAUUUGGUAGAUCCUGAAAAAGCAAGAAGUAUUUUGAAUAAUAAGAAAUACCCACUUAGUAUGGGCUAUGUUGGGGUGAUUACGAAGACACCAAGCAGUGUAAACAGGAAACACUUAGGUCUUUUCGGUGAAACACCUUCGUCAUUAGGUGGAAUAUUUUCCAAAGGCCAGCACGGUCAAAAUGCGGGAGAAGAAAAUACCAAUGGUUUAAAACAGAUUAUGUCUCAUCAAUUUGAAAAAGCUUAUUUUAAAGAAAACAAAAAGUAUUUUGCCAAUUGUCAAGUUUCCACUAAGAAAUUGAGAGAAAAAUUGAUCAAAAUUUUGGAAAUUUCUAUGUCAAAUGCGCUAGAGCCGACUUCUACACUUAUUCAACAGGAACUAGAUGAUACUUCCUAUUUAUUUAAAGUUGAGUUCAAUGAUAGGCAUUUAACUCCCAAAUCAUACCUUUUGAAUAAUAUCGAUGUACUAAAGUUGGGUAUUAAAGAAUUUCAAGAAAAAUUUCACAGAAAUGAACUGAAAUCGAUUUUGAGAGCCGAAUUGGAUCAGAAAGUUUUAGACGUUCUGGCCACACGGUAUUGGAAGGAUGAUAAUCUCCCGGAUCUAUCUUCCUCUAAACUGGAGAGUGAUACUGAUAUGCUAUAUUGGCAUAAAAAACUGGAACUAGCAUCAUCUGGGUUGACCAAAAUGGGUAUUGGUAGACUAUCUACAAUGCUUACUACCAACGCCAUUUUGAAGGAAUUAGACAAUAUUUUGGAGUCUACUCAACUAAAAAAUCAUGAACUAAUCAAAGACCUUGUUAGUAAUACAGCCAUUAACGUACUAAACAGUAAAUACUAUUCAACGGCUGAUCAAGUUGAAAACUGUAUUAAACCGUUUAAGUAUGAAAUUGAUUUGGAAGAAAGAGACUGGAGUCUUGCUCGUCAACAUUCUAUUAAUUUAAUAAAGGAAGAACUGCGUCAAUGUAACUCAAGGUAUCAAGCAAUCAAAAAUGCCGUCGGGAGUAAGAAAUUAGCGAAUGUGAUGGGCUAUUUGGAAAACGAAUCAAAUUUGCAAAAGGAGACACUUGGUAUGUCGAAAUUGCUAUUGGAAAGAGGCUCAGAGGCUAUUUUUCUAGAUAAAAGGUGCAAAGUGUUAUCGUUUAGAUUAAAAAUGUUGAAAAGCAAAUGUCAUUCAACAAUUGAGAAGGACCGCUGUCCAGAGGUAUUUCUAUCUGCGGUUAGUGACAAGUUGACUUCCACAGCUGUUUUAUUCCUUAACGUUGAAUUACUGAGCGAUUUUUUUUAUAACUUCCCAAUAGAAUUAGACAGAAGAUUAACAUUAUUGGGAGAUGAACAAGUAGAAAUGUUUGCUAAGGAAGACCCAAAGAUUUCAAGGCAUAUUGAAUUGCAAAAGAGAAAGGAAUUGCUGGAAUUAGCUCUGGAAAAAAUAGAUUCAAUCUUGGUCUUCAAGAAAAGCUAUAAGGGCGUUUCCAAGAACUUAUGA